AUGUGGGUUGGCCACUUCGCCAUUGGAUUGGCAUUUUACUUGUUCAUCCAUGUCGCAACUAUUGCGGAAUACGCAAGCGAUGAAGGAACGCCAUCCACCAGACUGACACCCAAGUUUGUUGUCUCCACUCUGGUGUUCGCCAUUGCAUCAGUCUGGCAGCAUAAGUAUCACGAGUAUCUCUCCAGCCUUGUCAAGUACACCCUUCCGAACCGUUUUGGCGCCACACACAUCGUCGCGCCGCAUUACACAGCAGAGUGUCUGCUCUAUGCAUCCCUCGCUGUCCUUACGGCGAAGGACGGCCAGCUGUUCAAUCGGACGCUCCUAUGUGUGCUUGCCUUCGUCGUUGUCAAUCUCGGCGUUACAGCCGAUGGUACCAAGAAGUGGCAGCUGAGCAAGUUCGCGGGAAGGAAGGCUGAAGUUCGAAUGCGUUGGCGGAUGCUUCCAGGGCUAUUCUAG